CAGAAGAAGACCACUGCAUGGAGAAGUUUGAAAGAGAGAGAAAAAUAUUCCUUAGCAUCCUGGCCUUUUUUUUCCCACCAUUCUUUCCCUUCCCCUUGCUUAUAAACCACUAUUUACUUUUCCUCCAAAACACUUCCCUGCAGCCAACAAACACUUCUGCUCGCUGCUCCUCGCGCAAGCACUCCUCACGCUGUGAGACCAUGGACGCGACCACCACCAAGCGCAAGCGCCCAGCCGCCGACAUCCCUAGCGACGCCACCGCCGCCGCAGCCGUCGACGAGGUCUCCGACGCCGAGGUCGAGGAGUUCUACGCCAUCCUCCGCCGCAUGCGCGACGCGUCCCGCCGCCUCUGCGGCGCCGGCGCCCGCCCUCCCCCGCGCGCCCCGGCGUGGCGGCCCAGCUUCUCCUGGGAGGACUUCGCCCCCGCGCCGGCGCCGGAGCCGGCGCAGCCGCGGCCCGACGAACGCGUCGUCGCAGAGAACGCCGCAGCGCCGCGGGCCGGCCUCGACCUCAACGCCGAGCCGGAGCCCGACACGCUGUCGGAGCCGGCCACGCCGCGCUCGGCGCGCACCGCUCCGGCGUAGCGUGCGGCGCCCACGCCGCGAAGGAGACGACGACGCGUGGUGCAGGGGGGUGCGCACACCAGGACACAUCCAUGCGGAUUCGUCCUCGCCUGGUUGGGUGGCGGUGAUCUCACUGGACGGGGCUCGCCAUCCACGACGCCGUGCUGCUCUCCGGCCCUUACUGAUUAGCUCGUGUAAUCCGUAUGCCUAAUUAGAUGCCUCUCCCUUUCUCCCCCGUGUGGUUAAUCUUAAUCACUUGUAGGAAAACUGAAUCGUAGUAAUUAAUGUACCGUCCGAAACUGAAGUGUUUAAUUACUUAUUAUUCGUCGUGUUUGAUGUAUCAUUAGCUUGUUAACGAUAUGAUAGAGGUUUUACAGCUUUAAAUAAUCUUUAAUACAGCGCUUGAAGGAUUGUAUUUUUUUU